AUGAAUAUUAUUUCUAUUGAAAUUAUUGUGUUAGUUCUUGCCAUUGUGACAAUUAUUAGUCACACUGAAACAACAAUUAAACGGUCAAAAUUUUCUCAAAAUAUUGGUUUUCGUUCAUGUCAAAAACCAAAAAAUGGUCAACAUAUAUGUUUUUGUGGAAAAAACAAUGUAACAUUUGAUCGUCUUAAAGGAGAACGAUGCAAUAAAGGACAAGUAAUUAAAAAAGAAAGUCAAAAAAGUAAUACAUCAAAAAUUAAUGGUCUUCGAUUAGUAACCAAAGCAAUUCAUCAAUCUGCUCGUGAUGAUAAUAAAAAUGUUCAAUGCAUAGGACUUCGAUAUAAACCAUUACUCAAUGAAACUCAACAAGCAUAUGUACCACUUCGUAAUGUAUCAGUUGAAGCUUGGAUUGAUUCUUUUGCUGCCGACGUCACAUUGACCCAAAUAUUUGUUAAUCAAGAAGAAAAUCCUAUUGAAGCAAUUUAUGUAUUUCCUAUUGAGGAAAAUGGUGCCGUUUAUUCUUUUACGGCUGAAAUUGACAAUCGAACGAUCACAGCUGUAUUAAAAGAAAAGAAAAAAGCAGAAGAAGAAUAUAAAUCAGCUGUAGAACAAGGUCAAACAGCAGUUUUAAUGCGACAAAGCCAAGAAACAUUAGAUACAUUCACUGUUAAUGUUGGUGCUUUACCACCUGGAAAAGAAUGUCGAGUUAAAAUUACAUAUGUAGCUGAAUUAGAUUUAAUUGAUGGAAAUUCUAUUCGAUUUGUUGUUCCUACGACUAUUGCUCCACGAUAUAAUCCAUCAUUAGGUCGUCUACAAACACCUGAUGGUACACCAGCUGAAUAUGUUCAAAACACUUCAUAUUCAAUGUCGUUUCAAGCACAUGUUCUUCGUGGUGAUGAACAUAAAAUUAAGCAAGUAGCUAAUCUUUCACAUCCAGUAAAAGUUAAUGUAACACGUCAAUCAAUUGAUGUUUCUUCAAUGGGUAUUGCUCUUGAUCGUGAUAUUAUUUUGGAUAUUGAUCUACCUGAUAAUCGACCAUUGACACGUUCUGUUAUUGAACAAUAUAAUGAUACAUCAAAAUAUGCUGUUCUUCUAGCAUUUACUCCACGUCUUUCUGAUUUUAUUAAAAUUUCUAAUGGAAAAGAUGAAACCAAUACUGAAUUUAUUUUCAUUGUGGAUUGUUCGGGUUCAAUGACGGAAGAUAGUCGUAUUGGUCUUGCUAGAGAAGCUAUGCUUCUAUUUAUACGUAGUUUACCAGUUGGUGCUCAUUUUAAUAUUAUUCGUUUUGGAUCAAAUUUUGAUAUUCUCUUCAAAAAUGAGAGUAUGACAGCUGUUUAUGAUGAACAAACUGCUAAAGAAGCUGAAAAUCUUACACGUUCAAUGCAGGCCAAUUUUGGUGGAACAGAAUUAUUAGAACCUUUGAAACAUUUGAAAGAUCAUCCACCAACCAAAGGUCGAUCAAGACAAAUAUUGCUGUUGACUGAUGGAGAAAUUUCGAAUACAAAUGACGUAAUCGAACUAUGUCGUUCAAUGUCUUCAACUACACGAAUAUUUUCUUUUGGUCUUGGUCAUUCACCAUCUCGUUCUCUCGUGAAAGGUCUUGCUCGUGCAACAAAUGGUUAUUUUGUUUUUGUACCUCCAAAUUCAAAAGUCGAUACAUAUGUUGGUAGUCAACUUGGUCGAGCACUUCAACCAUCAUUAGUAAAUGCUCGACUUGAAUGGUAUGGAUUGUCUACAACUGGUUUACAAGCUCCGAAAACAAUUCCACCUCUUUAUAUAAAUGAUCGUGUCUUAGUUUAUCAAUUAUUAGAAGGUGAUGAAUUGAAGAAUCAAAAUAUCAGUGUAGCUCUGUUUGUUGGAGAUCAUAAAAUUGAUUCAAUUAAGUUAUUGAGUAAUAGUGCACAUAAACAAGAUACAAUACGUCGAUUAGCAGCUAAAGCUUUAAUACAAGAAUUACAACAUGAAACAUCUAAUACAUCAGAUACAGAAAACAAUUCGACGCUUGAACAACGUAUUACUACCCUAUCAAUGAACCAUCAAAUUUUAUCACCUUACACAGCCUUUGUGGGUGUAGAAACUACUAGUCCAAAAAAUAAUAAUACUGCUUCUAAAGUUCGUCAUAUACCUAUUCAAAUAUCAAAAGGUGAUGAACAUUUAUUUGACACCCCAUCAUUAUAUUCUUUUGGUCACCGACCAUCACAUUCUUUUGCUUACCGCCGCGUCAUGGGGUCAAGACCCUCUUCUGGUUCCAGCCAUCAUUACUCGGGAAUGCCAAUGGCAAUAGGCAUGUCAGGAUAUCCAGCUCAAGCAGGGCCACCUGCUCCACAGCAAGCCGGAAAUGCAUGGAUGCAUUCAUAUGCGCUACAAGAUUCAAAAGCCUCUUCAACCAUCGCCACCACUACUCCACCCUUGUCUACUGAUCCUGUUCGCUGGUUACUUGAUCAACAAUCAUUCAAUGGAGCAUGGAUAUUAAAUGAGAAUGAUAUUAAAAAGUUGACCAAUGGUAAAUCAUUAAGCACAUUUACAUCUAACGUUACUAAAUCUAAAGAUGCUUUAACAACAGCAUUAGCCAUUGCUUUACUUGAAUUAAAACAUACUGAUCAAAAGAAUCUUUGGUAUGGAAUAGUAGAAAAAGGUCGCAAACGACUUUCUGGUUUCGGUCUAAGCAAUGAUCAAAUUAAUUCACUUAUCAACGAAAUUAAGAACAAAUUGUGA